UAUCGGGCCGGGGGCUGCAUGGAACUGCUUCGCAUGGGGGCUGCACAUUGCCGACCCCUGCCUUAGUGUAACACACAAUAGGUUUCAUUUUAUAAAUUCUGUGUCGCAAUAAUGUCGAAAAAGGGAAAGUCGGUCUAUUUUGUCUUUUAUAAUAGAGAUGGUCAUGUUUGCUUGCGUAGGUGAGGGAGAUACAUGCCCGAAGGAGAUCAGCUGCCUAUCAGAGCCCACGACAGGCAUUCUCUUCAAUUGCUGUUUCUGCACCCAUGUCACCAGGGAUCAGCGUGGAAUCCUCACUCAUCUGGUUGACCACGGUGAUGAACAACUCAAGUGCCAGUACUGCUUCGAGUUUUUUUCCAAGGAAGAAGAUUUGAGAUGCCACGCUGAGAUUCACAAGCCAGAAAGAAAUUUUGGGUGUCAACUAGGCCCAGCAGCAUUCUGGAAAAAUAGUCCAUUGGUCAAUCGCAUUCAAGCCCACACUGGUAAAAAACCUCCCAAAUGCCAGGAAUGCCUGCAAACUCUUUCUCUGUGUAAUUGCCUGAGGUCUCAUAUACAAGACCAGACGAGCAAAAAACUUUUCAAAUGUGAGCUAUGUCCCCAGGCCUUUAGGGACAACGCAAAGCUGACCCGCCACAGUCGGACACACACAGGCGAGAGACCUUACAAAUGCGAGCAGUGUCCCCUAGCUUUUAGCGACACUCAGAAGCUGACUUGCCACAUUCGAAGUCACACCGGUGAGAGGCCUUACAAAUGCGAGAUAUGUACCCAAGCCUUUAGCCAUAGAGGAAAUCUGACACGACACAUUAGAACGCACACAGGCAAGAGACCUUGCAGAUGCAAGCAGUGUCCCCAAGCCCUUAGUCGGAGCCUGAAGCUGACCAGCCACGUUCAAACGCACACGGACGAGAGACAUUACAAAUGCGAACGAUGUCCACAAGCAUUUAAUAGGCUUGGAAACCUGAUCCGUCACAUUCGAAAACACACAGGCGAAAAACCUUACAAGUGUGGGCUAUGUCUCCAAGCCUUUAGUGAGAAUGCCAAGCUGACCCGCCACAUUCGAACGCACACUGGUGAGAGACCUUACAAAUGCGAGCAGUGUCCCCUAGCCUUUAGUGACAGCCAGAAGCUGACUCGCCACAUUCGAACUCACACAGGUGAGAGACCUUACAAGUGUGAGCUAUGUCCCCAAGCCUUUAUCUCUAGAGAAGAUCUGAAACUACACAUUCGAACGCACACAGGCGAAAGACCUUACAAAUGCAAGCAGUGUCCUCAAGCCUUUAGCCGGAGCCUGAGGCUGACCAUCCACCUUCGAAUGCACACAGGCGAAAAACCUUACAAAUGCGAACAAUGUCCGCAAGCAUUUUGUGCGCGUGGGAGCCUGGUCCGCCACAUUCGAAAACACACGGGUGAAAGACCUUACAAAUGUGAGCUAUGUCCCCAAGCCUUUAGUGAGAAUUCAAAGCUGACCCGCCACAUUCGAACGCACACUGGCGAGAGACCUUACAAAUGCGAGCAGUGUCUCCAAGCCUUUAGUGACAGCCAGAAGCUUAUCCGCCACAUUCGAAGUCACACAGGCGAGAGACCUUACAAAUGUGACCUAUGUCCCCAAGCCUUUAGCCGUAGAGAAAAUCUGACACUGCAUAUUCGAACGCACGCAGGCGAAGGACCUUACAAAUGCAAGCAGUGUCCCCAGGCCUUUAGUGAGAAGCUGAAGCUGACCCGCCACAUCCAAACGCACAUGGGCGAAGAUCUCACAAAUGUGAGCAGUGUCUCAAAGCCUUUAGUCAAAGUGAAAAGGUGACCUGCCAUUUUCGAAUGCACAAUACUGAAAGAGAAGUUCAAGCAAUGCUUCACGUCUCGUGCGUGUAAGAACUUGACACUAUGCAUUCAAAUGCAGGAGACACUAGAAAUGGUAUGUCCUAUGACUUGUCCAGGUCUGCUGGGCCGAGCAGAAUUUUUACAAGAAAUUGGCCGUGGAAUUUGCAAAUAGCAGCAGUCCGAGUUUCGCUCCGAGUCUGGUCAGCCAUACGAACACAGACAAUUGCUUGCCUUUGUUGGCAGUUUGCACAAGGCUUUCUUUACAUAACAUAUACGAUUGGGCCAAUUGGUUCAUCAUUUGAAGUAAAAAGAGCACAGACACGGACAGCCAAAGAGGACAAACAGCACUGGUGUUUGUCGCCUUUUACUCUUUUAGUGUCUUCGCACUGUUUGUGCUUUCUUUACAGUGCUGCUUCCUAGCCACUAGAAGUUGUGUGAGGAGAGGAGGUGGAUUUAUAGUAAUGCAUUACCUUUAAAGGGAUACUUCAACGAAAUUUGAAAUAUUCCCGUCGUGUUCAAAAAUAGGUUGAGUAUGAUCCACAAUAUCCGUAAAUGACAAUCGCAGAUUUGUAUUUUGAGCCUGGGGGCUGUAUUUUUAGUUAUUAUUGGCCCACUCUGGCAAAUGCUCGGAGAAGGCCCAGCGGAGACCACGUGACAUCCAAUGCAAUCGUGACGUAGGUCGUCUCAAGACGAGCAAAGCUAUGGCGAGGCUGACGUCGAGAGGAUGGCCUAGUCGUUCCAGCCACCGAAGCGGCUGCUUUUGUAUGAGUUUUGAGUGACGGGUUAAUCUUCUGUAAUCUUGUAGGGGGACAAUAGCGACUUCUGCGACACACGAAAGGCAUUCUCGGGAAGAGGGGAGUUCCUCCUGCCCCUCUUCUCUCGUCGUGGCCGGAGACGAGACAACCUCUGUCACUAGCUGUCAAGGUUCCUAGAUGGGCAUUACAAGCGAGGCGUUAGUGACAUCCACCAGGUGCUCUUUGCUAAUCGUUUAAUUUGUUUUAAAAUUCCUUUUUGUGACUUUUUUAACAAGAUAUUGGUAUGUUCGAUGUGAUGCUGCUUUUUUUAACAUUUUGAACGAAGAUUCGAAAAAAUGAGCGGCGAAAUUUCGUUGUAGUAUCCCUUAAUAAUAAUGCAAAUGGAAAACAGCCUUCACUAACCACCUCAGCCUGAUACAUCUCGGUGGCCCCUAUCUAGAAAGGGACUAGACCUGCCUGAAUACUUAGUGUUCAAAGCAUUUGUGUGGGAGUUGCCUCAGGAAUGAAAACUGUAAAGACAAUUUUAUGUAACUUUGUCAGUUUCAAUUAUAUGCAGACUUUUUGCAUUGAAGAACGUACAGUCAUGACUCGUUAAUAUGAACACCUCUGUUUGUCCAAAAGUUGUCCAGAAUGUGAGUCGUCCAUAAUAACAAGACAAAAUUUUAUGUAUUUGCCCAGUGUGUCCUUGAAAAUGGUGUCCAUAUUAAAUUGAUGCUGAAGCGGUUCUGUAUUUGAGGAAGAACAUGUAAAGCAGGGUUCUCAAACACGUGGCCUGCGGGCCGUAUGCAGCCCGCGACUCGCUGGGACGCGGCCCGCAAGAAACCGGCUACGAGUCCCAGUUCCCAUGUCUCAAGUGCUAGAAAUGGCAUGUGCCAUAGUGAUCUGAUCUCGUCGAUUACUUUUCGCUCGCUUUUAACGUGUUCACAUAGUUUAUUCUUAUAUGCGUUCAUUGGCCCUUUGUUUCGAUUUAUUUUUUGCUUCCCAGCUUUUUGUAAUGCACAAAAAUUCCGCUACUAUAGU